AUGAAGGCUAAAGGAAAUCCGGGACCCGAUUAUAGCUGCGUUUGUAUUAGGAAUGAAGAUGGUGAUUUGGUGUAUGCGGCUGCUAAAACUCUGAUUGAUGGUUCAAAUAUAGUUGCUGAGGCUGAGGCUAUUAGAAUGGGAUUGAUGUACUGUGUGGAUAAGCAACUCUUUCCAUUUAUUAUAGAGACUGAUUCCAUGACCAUGAAGAUGAUUAUCAAUGCUGAAUGGAAGAUCCCUUGGAGCAUUUCAAUGUUGGUGGAUGAUAUCAAAAGGCUGAUGGAAGAUCAAAGAGUGAUUGUGAUGCAUAUACACAGAGAAGGAAAUGGACUUGUAGACUUUUUAACUAACUUUGUUUUUUAUUUUGCACGUACAGUUCAGUUUCAUAAUUUUCAGGAGCUACCCAGUCAAGCUAAGAAGAUUCUGAAUUUGGAAAAGAUUGGAAUUCCUAACUUGAGAGUAAGAACCAUACAAGACAAAGCACCAGAUUGA